AUGGCGUCCAUCCGCGACUUCUUCGCAGAGGGCCCGUACCCCCUCUGGGUCCUCGCCCUGCUCGUGACGGCGUACCUGCUCAACCAGCUCGACCGGUACACCCUCGCCAUCACUUCCAAGGAGAUGGUUCCGCUCGGCGGCAACGGCACGGGCUUCCGCUACCAGAUCCUCGCCGGCCCAGUCUUCACCCUCGUCUACACUCUUGCGGGCCUCCCGGUCGGCUACAUCGCCGAUCGCUUCAACCGUGUCCGCAUCUUUGUCGCCGCCAUCCUGGUUUGGUCGGCGGCGACGGCCGCCAUGGGCGCCGCCGACACCUACUGGCAGCUCGUCCUCGCCCGCGCGGGGCAGGGCAUGGGCCAGGCUGGGUGCAAUCCCAUCGCCAACGGCCUCAUCGCCGAGUACUUUGCGCCCUCCACCCGCGGCACCGCCCUCGGCAUCUACCAGUGGGGCAUCUACACUGGCUACUCGCUCUCCUUUGGCGCCGCAGGGCCCAUCUCGGCACGCUAUGGCUACCGCUGGGUGUACUAUGCCUUUGGUCUCGCGGGCGUCCCCAUCGCCGCCGCCAUCUACGCCACUACUAUCGCCCUCUCCGAGGGCAAGCCGCCGGCCAAGCCGUCGCUCUGGACCGUCCUCACCUUCUUUGCUCGCCCCUCACUGCUCCUCCUCUGCCUCGCAGGUGCCAUCCGCAACUCGGCCGGCUACGUCUGGGCCUUUAACACAGAGAUCUUCUUUGAGAACGUCCACGGCCUCUCCAAGGUCGACAUCGCCAAGUACAUGUCGGUCAUCCCACUCGUGGGCGGCUCGCUCGGCGCCCUCCUCGGCGGCAUCAUCGCAGACCGCAUCAUCAAGAAGCGCGGCAUGGCUGCCCGCAUCUGGGUCCUUGCCUGGGUCGGCAUCACCCUCGCCGUCGUCUCCGACCUCAUUCCUGGCCACAUGCGCAUCGUCGCCACCUCGAUCUACUUUUUCAUCAUCUCCAACAUCGCAGGCCUCGCCCCACUCCUCGUCCCGGUCCUCCAAUCGCAUUUUCACUCACUCCGCACAGCCCUCUUCAUCCUCUAUCCCUGCGCCUACGCAGCCUCGGCCCUCCUCUUCCUCGUCACCUUUGUCUCGCUCCAGCGCGAUGUCCGCGCCGCCGCCGCCGCCGCCGCCCUGGCCGAUCGCGCUCCUGCUCAGCCUCCUUCCUCCACUCCUGCCUCUACCAUCCCCGAGGGCAAUGUCGAUUCGGAGCGCACACCCUUGCUCCCCUCGCCUGCUGACGCAUCGGUCAACAACGCCGGCUCUUGA